GUGAUAAAUUAAGAGAUGAAAAAGUCCAAUGUCUUCAUUCAACAGAGAACAAAUAAUAUAAAGAAACAAAGGUUCAAUGGAACAACUUUCUUAAGUUUCUUAACACAACAAAAAAGCAAGCUAAUACUUGACAGUAAGCACAUGCAAUAUACCAAUCUUGGAUCUCCUUCCAUUGUAGUGGAGUUUCAGUUCCCCAAUUUCCCUAUGCUUAUUGCCUUCCUUGUCUUUGUAACAAUUGCUGUGAAGCUAUGGAAAAAAUCCAAGAUUCAGAGUAAAUUGCCUCCAGGUCCUAGAAAACUUCCAAUUAUUGGAAACUUGCACCAGUUAUCUAGUUCAUUGCCACACCAUAAUUUGAGAAACUUGUCAAGAAAAUAUGGUCCCAUUAUGCACCUACAACUUGGUGAAGUUUCUGCAGUUGUUGUAUCAUCACCACAAGUAGCAAAAGAGGUAACAAAAACCCAUGACUUAAUAUUUGCUAAUAGGCCGCAAAUUCUUGCUUCUGAAAUUUUAGGUAACAAUAGUCCCAACCUUUCAUUUUCUCCUUAUGGACCUAUCUGGAGACAACUUAGAAAAGUUUGUGUCUUGGAGCUGUUAAAUGCAAAGCGUGUUCAAUCUUUUGAGUCAAUUAGAGAAGAGGAAGUAGAGAAUCUUAUUGAAGCAAUAAUAUCAUUGACACCAUCACAAGUUCCUUUUGAUAUUAGCAAACUGAUAUUUUCGAUGACGAAUAAUAUAACUGCAAGGGCAGCCUUUGGUAAGAAAUGCAAGCACAAAGAUGAGUUUAUUGCAGCUAUGAAAACAAUAACAGAGUUGGCUGGAGGUUUUGAUAUACCAGAUAUAUUUCCUUCUUUCAAGAUUCUUCACUCGUUAAGUGGGGUGAAGCCUGCACUUGAGAAAAUACACCAGAUGGUUGAUAAGAUUCUUGAGAAUAUUAUAGAAGAACAUAUAGAAAAUAGGAAAGGGAUGAGCGGUAACAUGUUGCACAAGGAAGAUCUGGUUGAUGUCCUACUUAGAGUUCAAGAAAGUGGUGAUCUUGAAAUUCCCAUCUCAAGAAACACUCUUAAAGCUGUCAUUUUGGAAGUGUUCAUAGGGGGAACAGACACAUCAUCCACAGUUUUAGAGUGGGCAAUUUCAGAAAUGAUGAAGAAACCACAAGUGAUGGAAAAGGCACAAGCUGAGGUGAGAAAGGUACUUGAAGGGAAGAGUAAAAUCACAGAAUCAGAACUUCAACAGCUAGAUUAUAUGAAAAUGGUUAUCAAAGAGACGCUACGAAUGCAUCCACCGUUACCUUUGUUAUUACCAAGAGAAGCUGGAGAGAAAUGUGAGAUUGGUGGCUAUGACAUACCGCCAAAAACUAAAGUGAUCAUCAAUGCAUGGGCAAUAGGUAGACAUCCAGAACACUGGAAAAAUGCUGAAUGCUUUGAACCAGAAAGAUUCCAGGAUACUGCUUUUGAUUUCAAAGGGACAAAUCUUGAGUAUAUACCAUUUGGAGCUGGCAGAAGGAUAUGUCCAGGGACACUAUUUGGAGUUGCAAAUGUUGAACUUCCACUUGCCAAGCUGCUGUUUCAUUUUGACUGGAAACUGCCUGAUGGAAUUGAAGCUGAUGAACUGGACAUGACUGAGACUUUUGGAGCAACAGCUGGGAGGAAAAAUGAUUUGUACUUGGUUGCAAAACCUUAUAUUUCUAAGUCCUCAGAUUGAUCCAUAAGUAUGUACAUGAAAUAAAGUUGCUUCCCUUUGUUAUUUGCUACUGUUAUAUGACUGUAAUACAGUGAAUAGCAAUCUUAUUAACUCCA